CUCACUUCGUUCUCCCCCCUUUUCUUCUUUUUACUUUCAGUUUCAUUUCUCUGUAAGCGGACGUCGCAGUAGCUGUGAGGAGUUGCUCUAACAGCGGCGUAGGUGACUUCGCCAAACUCAGGAUGACCGCAAUUUCUAAAUCAAUCACCAAAACUCUGUGCGACAAUCAGGGAUGUUUGGACUUCAAGCGCCUGGAUGAGAGGAUCAAGCAGAGUUUCACUGUCGCGGAAUCAGUCCUGCGAAGUGUCCUCUUCGACGACGGUAGAAUAGCUAUUCAGGAAGGCAGACAGAAAGCUGUCGGCAGUCAAAUAAUCAGCCCGGACAGUCUGAUAGUGGCUAAAACCAGUGUGCGACUCUGUCAGAAAAAACCCGGAGAGUGUGCACAGUGCGACGGGUUACACCUGUGCAGGUAUUAUGUCUGCGGUGACUGCACUUUCGGACACAAGUGUAAAAAUUCCCAUACUCUGGCAUCUACAUACAAUGCAGAGCUUUUGAAGAGGUAUGGCCUUCAUGAACUGACAGAGAAACAGCUGUUCCAGCUGCUACUGCAGAAUGAUCCUUAUCUGCUUCCUGAGAUUUGCCCACAUUACAACAAAGGCAACGGCUCACACGGUUCCUGCAGGUUCACCACUACCUGCACCAAGCUUCACAUCUGCCAGCACUAUGUGCAGGGUGACUGUAAGUUUGGCUCUUCGUGUAAGAGGUCCCAUAAUGUCGAUGCACAGGGAUUGAAGAUCUUAAAGGGAUUCAGUCAGGAGAAUAUUACAAACAUUCUCCAGAUCUACAGAAAUAAAUACAUCAUCAUGGGACAACAGAAGAGACAAGCUGUUCCUGUAGCAGUACCGGAGGUGAGAAACUUACCUCAGCAGCCUUCCCACAGCAAACCUGGAUCCCCCACUAGUUCUGCUUGUCCAUCUAAACCCAUGAAUGAUGCUGACAGGAACGAAAUCUGCCUCUUCUUCAUUCGCAGACACUGCAGCUUCAAAGAAAAGUGUGCUCGUGUCCACUGGCACCUGCCUUACAGAUGGCAAGUUUUAGACAGCGAUGGUGUGACCUGGAAGGAUAUGCCUGAUAUGGAGGAAAUUGAGAAGGCCUACUGUGAUCCAGGACAUGACACAAGCAGCACGGAACAACCAGCGCCCACCUUAGGGAUUUUCAGAUAUCUGUCUAUUCAAAGCUCUGCAUCCCCCGCUGUGCAGUCAGUUGACUUCAGAAAAAUGACAUAUGGAGGGUCUCCAGUUCGUCGCCUGUCCACUGUCUCUUCUGUCUCUAAGCCCCCUCACUUCAUUCUUACCACACAGUGGCUUUGGUACUGGAAGGAUGACAACGGGACAUGGGUCGAGUUUGGACAGGGUGAUGGUGACACACCAGCCUCUGUCACCUCUCCAACUCUGGAGAACGUGUACCUUGCAGACAGAGAUACAGAGGUUCCUUUUGGAGCUGGCAAACAACAGUAUAUCCUCCACUUCAAAGGAGCACCAGGAACCCUGCAGAUGUUUCAGGAGAAUAUUAAAUACAAAACCAAGAGAGAGGUCAGACGAAGGCCUCACUUUGUGUCUGCUCAUGAUGUGGAGUCCAAACUAAAGAGCACAUCAUCACCCAGCUCCAGUUUAUCCACAGCUGAAAGUUUCCCAUCCUACUGGGACAAGAAUGCUCUACCAGACUUUGGAUACAAGCUCAUACCUCUGUCCAAAUCUGGGAAGGAGUAUAAUAGGAUUGACAUGUUGUUUAAGCGCACCAUGCCCCAGCACAAAAUUAGCAACAUCCAGAGGAUCCAGAACCCAUCACUGUGGGAAGUCUUUCAGUGGCAGACAGAGCAUAUGAAGAAGAGGAAUGGAGGGAAAGCUGUGAAUCAGCAGUACUUGUUCCACGGGACAGACCACUCCCUGAUUGAGGCCAUCUGUGAGCAAAACUUCGACUGGAGGAUGUGUGGUGUCCAUGGCACAGCCUAUGGCAAAGGGAGCUACUUUGCCAGAGAUGCAUCCUACUCAGACAGAUAUUCCAGCAUUAAACACAGCGUGAACAAGGUCAUGUUUGUUGCUCUGGUCCUGGUGGGAGAGUACACCAAAGGACGCAGCAGCUAUCUUCGACCUCCACCGAGAGGAAACAGCAAUACCCUCUACGACAGUUGCGUUGAUUGUGAGGCCAACCCUGGCAUCUAUGUCGUCUUUGAAAAACAGCAGAUUUAUCCAGAGUAUCUUAUCAAUUACUCAUAAAUUCAAAAUUAUGUUGUUUCCUUGUUUUUUGCUCAGGGGAAAAAGAAUCUUGGGAUGUCCUUUACAAGAAACAGCUGGUGGCUUUCUUGCAAAGUAUCAAAAGUAAAGCAGAAGUACUCAUAAUAAUAUACUCACAGGAUGGCUCCUGUGAGUAUAUUAUUAUGUUAAAGUAUUGAAUUGAACUGAACAGUUGAGGCAAAUUUAGAAGCAGAUGAUUUAAACUCCUUUAAAUACUGUUUCAGAUUUCAUAAACAGAUGAUAUGUUACCUUUUUCCUCUGAUGUGUAGUGGAGUAAUUUUGUUAAGUAGAUGAAUAAUACUCAUAAUCAAUAAAAAAAUAUUCUGUUUGGUUUUGUUGUGGUAAGAAUGUGUAAAUGUCAAAUCUGAAUAAAGGAUACUGAGGGGGACAAAUUAUCUGCGUGUUUAGUUUUGUAAUGAAAUCCACUUGUUAUGUAAUAAACACAUUACAAAUUGUCA